AUGCAGCAGACCACAGUCGCUCUCAGCCAGCUCAGCCGCUUCCACUCCGACUCGUGAGGGCGAGCUCUUCACGUGGCGCGCGGGCCGACGCUCCGUCCGCAAUUUUUUAUGGAUAUUCAAUCACAAGAAGGAUACACCACCCCAAUAACAACAUCCCCAACGAUACCACACCCCUCAAUUUCCCCCUAUACUUUUGUUUAGAUCUGGCGGGGUACAUGCACUCUAGCGCAAAAUGGCACUGAAAUGAUGGCAUUGAAACUUUGAUAUGCUGCUAGCUCUCCCCGAGUCUCUCUCUCUCUCUGUGUUCACGUCGCCACGCGUCACACGACAACCGUCUUCGAGCAGCGACGCAGCGAUCAAGCUGCUCUUGCAACCAUGUGCGCGCAGAAAUGAGGCUUCCGUUGAGAACGUCACGCUGAAUUGGAGUUGCCUGUAUUCAUCCACAGGGAGUACGCCAGCGCAUUCCUCUCUGCCGCCUCCUCACUCGGCGCGAGGUCCGCGCUCUCGUCCAACUACACCCUCGCGACCGCCACCUCGCCAUCGUCGUCGUCCUCGGCCACCGCAGCAGGAGCCGUCUCUUCCUCCUCUUCCUCCGCGCCCAUCCGGAGCCUACAGAUCGGCCCGUGGAAGGUCGAACGCGCAUCGCACAACAGCUCGGGCAAGCAAGUCUCGAUAUGGUCCUGCGACAAGUCGUCCCUUGUAGCACCGACCGGCGCACUCAAGCGAGACCCCAAUGCUGCGAGAAGGCUCGAAAAGGCUGUAGAGACGCUCAAGAAAGAGGUGCGCACUGGCUCUGGGUCGUGUCCGAGUUGGCUGCGUGUGAGCAUGUCAGCGCUGACGUCGAACAAUGCACCCCCACCCAUCGAAUUAGGCCGCCUCCUUGUCCCGACUACGACACCCUUGCAUCCUUGAAAUGGCAGAACCGAUCGAAGAGACGAGGUACGAGACACCGCCAUCAAUUAUGCCCCCUACCUGACUCGGAUGCCCGUGCACGGCGAUGACGACUGACGCGCUCGAGUCUUCCCCCCCACUUUGUCCCCGUCCGCAGAUCCGUCAUCACCUUUGCUACCGAGCCCGUCACCGCCUCGCUCCGACAAGCGAUCGCCGCAUCCGCCUCGACCUCGUCCGCCGCAGGGUCCAUAUCUCGAGGCUCGGACCGACGCAACGGAUCCUCUUCCUCCUCCGCCGCCAUGCAGCAGCAGAGCGACCUCGAGCUCGACGAAGUCGAGAUUCAAAAAGGCCUGUCCCAACUCGCCAAAGGUCUGCAAUUUCUUCAUGAGAGCGCAAAGACGAUCCAUGGGAAUCUCACCCCCGAAGCCGUCGUUAUCAAUGCCAAGGGGGACUGGAAAUUGUCCGGUUUUGGUUUGUCGAUACCCCUCUUUGGCCCGGAUGGGGUUGCGACAAAGUGGGAAUUUCCGGGAUACGAUCAUGCGUUGCCGGCGACUGUCCAGAGGAAUUACGACUUUAUCGGUACGUGCCGUUCUCGAUUAAUUAUGAUUACGCACACCACUGAACGCAGCAUACUUCACUUGACAGCCCCGGAAUACAUCCUCGACGAGGCGAACCCGACCCCAGCGAACGACAUGUACUCGCUCGGCUGCAUCCUCCACUCGAUCCACACCCACGCCGGACCACCCUUCCAAAACCGACAAUCCCUAUCCAACGCGCGCACCAACAUCGAAGAAGGCCUUUCACGGGGCAUGGUCCGACCACAAUGGCGGCGAUUAACGGAGGAGGCCCAAUCGGCGUUGGGUCAACUCGUGACGAGGUAUCCGAAUCAACGAAUCUCCGCCGCGGGCUUUUUGGCCCACGGCUACUUUUCGAGUUUGCUCGUUUCGACACUCAACUUCAUCGCUAGGGAUGCGUUCGCGAGCCAAUCGACCGAAGCGCAGACGGGGUUCCUCAAGGGUUUGCUCAAUGUAAGGUGAUGUCAGGCGUUCUUCCCGGUGUCGUGGGGAAGAGAUAAACUCAUGCGUUCCAGGUGUUUUGAAACGCUUACAGGUCCUGCCGCAAUUCAGCGACAAAGUCAACCGACGCAAAGUACUGCCCUCACUCCUCGAAGAGACGAACAAGACCCAUUUGAUCCCUUUCCUCCUUCCCAACAUCGCCUACAUCGGUCAACGCAUGGACGUCGAUGCCUUCCGCUCCCAAGUCCUCCCCCAUCUCAUUCCCUUAUUCAAAAUCAAGGAUCCACCUCAAGCGAUCCUAGCUCUCUUGGAUUCGUUGCCGUUGUUCAGUGAGAAAUCAACGCCGACGUCGUUCAGGGAGGAGGUCAUGCCGUUGGUUUAUUAUUCGUUGGAGAGUGAUAAUCCGGUCGUGUUGGAGAAGGCGCUCAAGGCGGUGCCUUCGUUGUGCGAGACGUUGGAUUAUACGGUGCGUCGUGAUGACUUUUAUCUGGUCGAAAACGCGGAGGCUGAUUGUCGGAUCUCGCCUUGAACUUGCAGACGGUCAAGCAAACCCUCUUCCCCAAGAUCACCACCGUAAGCCCUCCCUUGUCUCAGCUGCCUGUCUACAUUCGCCAAUUGACUGACCCCCUCGCCCUACAGGUCUUCACCAAAACGACGAUGCUGAGCGUUAAAGUCAACACGCUCAUCUGCUUUCAUUCGAUGACUUCGACUCUGGACAAGUUCACCAUCACCGAGCGACUGGUCCCACUGUUGGCCAAAAUCAAGACCAAGGAACCGGCGGUGAUGCUCGCCACGCUUGAGGUGUGCUCCAAGAUUGGAGACAAGGUUGAUUUAGAGGCUUGUGAGUUGCAUAUCAGAGCGGGUGCUGUCGUACAGUACGUUGCUUACUGAGACGUGAAUGGUGUGCACAGUGGCGAGUCAAAUUCUGCCCCAACUUUGGAGGUGGUCAAUGGGUCCCUUGCUCUCGGCCGACCAAUUCGCCAAGUUCAUGUCCGUCAUCAAACGAAUCGGACAUCGCGUAGAGACGGAGCACACGAAGGCCUUGCAGGAACAAAAGCGCUUGGAAGAAUCGACGUCCGGUGGAUCGCUUUCGAGAGGCGGCGGUGGUGGUGCGGGAUCAACACCGAUGGACUUUGAGGCCCUUGUUCGAGGUGGAGCUGGGUUGGGAAGAGCGACUGAAGUCGCGGCUGAUAUCUUUGGGGAUGAUAGUCCGGGGGUAAGUCCUCGCCGAUGUUGGGCCAUGUGUCGUCGGAUCUUUGCGCUGAUUUGGGGUCCCGAGGUGAUCUACAGUCCGUCACGCCCUCACAUGGGUUCAGACCCCCUCCGACUGGGGUCGCUUCGUUCGCUCCUUCUCGACCUUCACCAAGGAGCAGUCUUUCACACAGCUCCUUGGGCGCCAAACUUGUUCCGGCUUCGACCGUCAAUUCUUCCGCCUUUGGGGCGUCAACGGCCAGUUUGACACCGACGACGUCGAGUCUCAGUUCGAUGACGCUGGCUUCCCCUCCUCCUCCCCCCGCUGCUCCGUCCGCUUUCGCUUCUUCAUCCUCGAACUCGAUGAGCUCCUUCACAUCUUUGGAACCUACUCGAUCCUCUUUAUCCUCCCUACCCUCCCUACCAAACCAAACCAACAACUCGACCACAUCCUCCUACUCCUCCCCACGACCCAAUUACCACUCCCUCACCACAACAACAACCAACACCCUUCCCCCACUCGUCCCCAAUUCUUCCUCCUUCUCCCCACCCAACCCAAAUCCAUGGGCAUCUUCAACACCUUCCCAACCUUCCAUAUCAAUAGCAUACGUCGCACCUGUUCCUGCACCACCAUCAGCACCAACUCCGAAACAAUGGGACGUUCUACAGCCCAAAGUCGUUGCGCAACCGAGGAAACCAAGCAAUGGCGAUUUCGGCGCGUGGAGUGAUUUCGAUCCUUUGAAAUGA